AUGGGAAAACCACUGUUCUACGAGAUUUGGGAAAAGCCAGCUACAAGUUGUAUAAUUGGGAUUUGCAGUGCAAUUUGGUUCUACAUCCAAAAGAACAACAUUGGGUAUGCGCAUGUGGGCUUGAGUUAUGAGACUGCUAUGGAGGGCCAUCAUUGGAGGAUAAUCACAUCAGCCUUUUCUCACAUUAGCAUCCUUCACCUUGUGUUCAAUAUGAGCGCACUUUGGAGCUUGGGGGUUAUCGAGCAGUUGGGCCAUGUGGGACUUGGAGUGGAGUACUAUCUCCAUUAUACGAUUCUACUGGUUGUCCUGUCAGGUUUGUUGGUCUUAGGAAUGUACCAUGUUUUAAUCCAGAAGUUAAAGAUCGACUAUUUUCGAAGAGUGACUGCAGUUGGGUACUCUUGUGUUGUGUUUGGUUGGAUGACGAUUUUGUCCGCCAAGCAGCCUUCAUCCAAGCUCGAGCUUUUCGGGAUCCUCUCGCUUCCAAUCAGCUUUGCCCCAUUUGAAUCCCUCAUUUUUACAUCUAUUAUUGUGCCACAGGCAAGCUUUAUUGGCCAUUUGUCUGGAAUUAUUGUCGGGUAUGCUAUUGCUUGGGGUUUGAUACACGGGAUGAACAAUUACUGGGCUGUUUCCAUGUUGGGAUGGAUUAUUCUUGUGUUCGUAUACAGUUUAAAGAAGUCUGGUUCCUAUAAUUUUGACUUUCUCGAGAUUGAGUCUGUUACUGAUCCUUCGUUGCCGCGCUUUCUGCCGUCUGGAAAUAGUAGAACAUUGCAGAUCAUUGGACUACCUGAUGCUGGGGCUAAUCUUGUGUAG